AUGGCUGCCGCCUCGCCCAUGCCGGCUGAGCUCGACACCCGCCUGCAAAAGUGCGACCGCACCAGCUGCCCGCCAACUCUGCGGUGCUGCUACUGCGACGACGAUGAUUCCGUCUGCAUCAGAGGCACCAAGUGCCCCGCAUGUCGAUAA